AUGUCCAAUACUACUUCCUCCCACCCUCAACAACACCCUCCACCCCUUCACUACCUGUCCAAUACCAUUCUCCCACCCUCAGAACACUCGCCACCCCUUCACUACUGCCAAUACCACUCUCCCACCCUCCUAGAACACCUCGCCACCCCUUCACUACCUGUCCAAUACCACUCUCCCACCCUCCAGAACACCUCGCCACCCCUUCACUACCUGUCCAAUACCACUCUCCCACCCUCCAGAACACCUCGCCACCCCUUCACUACCUGUCCAAUACUAUUCUCCCACCCUCCAGAACAUCCUCGCCACCCCUUCACUACCUGUCCAAAACCACUCUCCCGCCCUCCAGAACACCUCGCCACCCCUUUACUACCUGUCCAAUUCCACUCUCCCACCCUCAACAACACCUCGCCACCCCUUCACUACCUGUCCAAUACCUCUCUCCCACCCUCCAGAGCACCUCGCCAAUACCCCUCUCUCUCCCACCCUCCAGAGCACCUCGCCAAAACCCCUCUCUCUCCCGCCAUCCAGAGCACCUCAAAUACCCUCUCUCUCCCACCCUCCAGAGCACCUCGCCACUCCUUCACUACGUCUCAAAUACCACUCACUCACCCUUCAGAACACCUCGCCACACAUUUACUACCUGUCCAAUACCACUCUCCCACCCUCCAGAACACCUCGCCACCCCUUCACUACCUGUCCAAUACCACUCUCCCACCCUCCCCAGCACCUCGCCACCCCUUCACUACCUGUCCAUACCGCUCUCCCACCCUCAGAACAUCUCGCCACCCCUUCACUACCUGUCCAAAACCACUCUCCCGCCCUCCAGAACACCUCGCCACCCCUUUACUUCCUGUCCAAUUCCACUCUCCCACCCUCAACAACACCUCGCCACCCCUUCACUACCUGCCCAAAACUACUCUCCCGCCAUCCAGAGCACCUCGCCAAUACCCCUCUCUCUCCCACCCUCCAGAGCACCUCGCCACUCCUUCACUACGUCUCAAAUACCACUCACUCACCCUUCAGAACACCUCGCCACACAUUUACUACCUGUCCAAUACCACUCUCCAACCUUCCCGAGCACCUCGCCACCCCUUCACUACCUGUCCAAUACCACUCUCCCACCCUCCAGAACAUCUCGCCACCCCUUCACUACCUGUCCAAUACCACUCGCCCACCCUCCAGAACACCUCGCCACCCCUUCACUACCUGUCCAAUAUCACUCUCCAAUCCUCCCCAAGCCAUCUCAUCACCCCAGAGACUUAA